UAGAUAGAUAGAUAUAAAGUUCUCAUCAUUUUGUUUCAACUAUAACAAAGAUUAAAAAAUGUUAUUGUCUUUACGAUGCCAUUAAGAAUCUAACAUUCUUAGCACUUAAGUAUUACUGUUACCGAUGUACGAAACACGCUUCAAAACGAGCACAAUUAAUUAACACAUUUCCACAACUUAAAAAUAAUCAUCAAAUUAAUAACCUCCAAAUCUAGCACUUUUUCUCUGAACUACUCUACAGCUACACAACAAUAUAAUUCCACAUUGGCAAUUAACAAUAUUGAUGUUAAUUACAUGCGGUUGUAUCGGUAAUAUUUAUAAUAGAGAUACUCGAAAACAGAAAAUCAAUACUAAAUUCGAUAAAUCCUAUAAAAGAUUGUUUAAAGUUUUAUAAGAGCUCAAAUUAGUUCGCGUUUCAGUCUGCUUCUGAUGCAAUAGGAAAAAAUUAACAAAAACCUUAAAAGUUUGUAACAAAAGCGUAAUUUAAUAACAAAAAGAAGGAUUAUUUCAUUUGAAACAUUGGAGUGAAAACAAAAUUGUUUAAUUUUGUAAGAAAUUAAAGUGUACAUAGGCCGUGAAUAUGAAAACUAUUCAGGUUAUUGCUUUGUGGUAUACAAUAGCCACAUUGGCCGCAUUUGGUUGGUCUCUACCAUUACUAGAUGCCAGUUCGGGUAUUGAUAAUGAUACCAUUGAGGAUUUGCGAGCUAGUAUUAAUGAUUCUCCUAAAAAUUUGUAUGUAGUAAAGGCUGUUGUCUAUGAAAUUGGAAUUUUAACUGAAGUGGACGACAAUGAUACUACCAGCUUUGAGAGCCAAGAACGUGUGGAUUUAACCUUCUUUGAUGCCCACACUAAUGAAAGUCACAUUGAUUUAGGCAAUAUUCCCCUACCCAUACAAACCAAUGUAAGUGGCCAAGUAUUGACCGGCAUCGCCCCGGUUAACAUCGGUGCCUUUAGUAGUGCUUCGGAAUUAUUACAAACACUUCCCCUUACGGGCAGUAUUGUUAAUAUUACACACAGUGAUACUGCGUUCUAUAAACUAACCAAAUCAAAUGUGAGUGACGAAGAAAAACCAAGAAUUGUCAAUAUGGAAGAAAUAGCCACUAUACCUGAAGCAGCUGCACUAUUCCCUUCGUCAGAGCCAUUAUCCUCACAGAGAGAUGAUAUUGUUGCCAAUUCGAUGAAAUCUCAUUAGAAAUCACAUAGAUGUAUGUUUAGAGGCUAGAAAGACUGGCGCAUUUAAAAUACAAAUUAGAAAGCAUAUCAUUUUGUAGAAAUAAUUAUAUUGUAGAUCAAUAUAAAGAAUAUAAUAAAUAAGAAAUUUUCAUGUAUUCAUCAAUAAU